ACCAGCAACAAAUCCUUGAACACUCAGCUUCUCAACUUUCACUUGCUUCACAAAAACUUUCACAUCCCUUCAUUUUCAUUUCUUCUUCAACAAGAUUUACUUCAAUAGAACGAUGGCCAUUCGUCAAAUGCUUAGACGGUCUUUAUCCAGCGACAGAAGAUCAGCUUCAUCUGGACUUGACGUGCCAAAGGGGCAUCUUGCUGUUUAUGUUGGGGAGAGCAAAAGGAAACGCUUUGUUAUUCCCGUAUCAUACUUGAACCACCCUUCAUUUCAAGAUUUGCUAUUUCAAGCUGAAGAAGAAUUCGGGUUUGAUCAUCCAAUGGGUGGCAUCACCAUCCCCUGCAGUGAGGAGUUAUUCAUUGAUCUCACCUCCCAGUUGGGCAGACGAUGAUGUAUUUAACUAGGACUUAGACCAAUGCAAUUUUGUUAUAGAUAGGCAUCUGGACAUAUAGUUUGUUUUCCUUUUAUCUACACACAGAAGAUACUUUGUCGGGUACAAAAUGUAUUCCCUGGACAAAUUUAUGGCAUUGAUUAUGAAAAA